AUGAUACAACUAAUUCACAGUUCAAGGAUACGAGCAUGUCCGCCAAGCAUAAAGAGCCGCUUGCAAUUCCAGUUACGUUUCCGCGCAAUUGGUAGACCACCGAAGCAAAUCAAACCCUUUGACUUUGCAAACUUUGAUCCUCAAGCUGAUCCCAAUGAAGCAUCAGCGAUAUAUACCAAUCUUGGAUGGUUCUAUAUCCCACUCAGGUAUAAUACUGAUAAACAGCCUCGAAUACUUUUGAAUAAAGAGUUCACUCGCAAUGGGUUUACUAAGGACACGGAUCGUGAACAAAUACAGCAAUUCAUCUAUCAAUGGUGUGCAAGUUUUACACCAACCGUAUACAAAAAGAAGACAUCUUUUAAGGCAGAGUCAGAGCAAAAGAAAUUGGACUUGUUGUUUCGUCAACAAAUGUCACAGAAAGUUCAUGCCGACUUGGAGACAAAACGCACCAGAGAAGAACAGAGAUUCAAAAAUGAAGCUAAUAGAUCUAACGAUAAACUACGAUUCAAGAUUGAUCCUGAUACAAAGAAAACUGAAAUAAGAGGCUGGUUGAAAAUGACUAACGUAUUCAAUUACUAUAUACAAAGACAAACCUAUGAAGGUGAACUAAAAACUGAAUUGGAAAAAUUGGCAAUGACUCCGUGGAAAAUUAGACAGAUUGUGUCCAAAGAAUGGAAUAAACUAUCGUCAACCGAGAAGGAUGCUAUUAAGCAGGAGUAUUUGGAGAUUUUGUCACGUGGGAAAGAUUACCAUUUGGGUAAAGAAGUUGAUCUUGAGCUGAGAUUGAGUGAUGAAGUUCUGGAAGAUGGGUUUAGGUUUAAAAAACUGUAUUCAAAGAGUAAAACAAAGGGGUGA